AUGUGCGACUUCAUGCUCGACUGCACGAGGGCGCUUAUUGACAGCGGGUACACCCUGGCUUCCUUCAGGGGGAUCCACAGCAACCCCGACUAUCCCGUCGUACUCCCCAUCUGGUCAGAGCUUUCGAAGGGCGACCUCCUUCCCCCGCGCCAGGUGACCGGGCAAGCUGGUGCUCCCAAGAAGGGCGCCCGGCAGCGUGCGCGAUUCCCUGGUCUCAACGACAACUGCCAGCGUGGAGGCGGCCCGGUAGCCCGAGACGCAGGUGUGCGUGGCGGCGGGGGCAGCGCUGAGCGUGGCGGGGGCGGCAACGCCCAGCCGCUCCCGGUACAUGGCAUGGGCAGUGUUCGCAGCCACGUGGGAGACCUCAACAUCGGAGGUUCCGCGGGCGAGCGACCCCCCUCUAGGGUGUGUGGGGGGCUUGCUGUUGAGCGUUACAGCUCGCAAGACGCUCCCCGCCGCGAUAAUGCAGCGGGGGCCGGGUCAAGUGCCGUGCUGAGCCAACCCCAAGGCUCUAUCGACAUGUCGUAGUUCAAGCAAGCUGUUUUGCUCAUCCUUUUGGAUUUCUUCGUCGCACGGUGUCGGAGUGACACUCGAGGCUGUUGUUCGUGUCUAUGGCAGCAAGGUGCUUCAAGUCGCAUGUGUUUACAGCUUUGCGUAGAGCACCCGCCACGGGCGGGACACGUUGUCGGAGUGACGUGCGAGGCUGUGGUCCGCGUGUAUGAUAGGGUGCAAGACGUCGCAUGCAUGUGUCUGCAGCUUUGCGUAGAGCACCCGCGACGGACGGUGCGCUUUUUGUUGCGUAUAUUUUUCGCUUGACCGUCACCAAAAGCGACAUUUGACAACCUCGCACAUAAUUGGGAGGGAUAGGUGGAGUUGACGUCAAGAAUGGGCAGAGCCGUCGAGCUCCAAGGGGAACCAGUUGUCAAGGACGGUCGGCGUGAACCACUGCAUGAUUGUUCCGUAGACUGCUGCGUGUAUGGAGCGCUUGUGACGAUAACCGCGACAAGCAAGAGCGUGUGCCCUUCACCCCCCACCGAACGAUUCCCACCCGAGCAUUCACCCCGAAAAACUUCAUGAAAUCCCU